CUGUUAUAAAGACAAGAACAACAAUUAAAGUUUAAAAAAAAAAGAGAAACAAUCAAAUAUUUUUAUCAAUACAUUUACCUAUUCAACUAUUGAAGUGAUCAUAAUGUUUACAUUGAAAGUGAUUGUUUUUAAUUUAUUAAUUGUUACUCUUUCAUUCAUCUUACCUGUUUGGAGUCAUCUUGAUUUACCUGAGGCUUGUGUUGCUCAUCCUUACACCAAGAAAUCAAUUGAUGAAUGUGAUGUGUCCGGUGAUUACUGGUCAGUUAUGGUUUACAAUCAACGAGAUGUUUUCACUUGUUGUAAAAAUGAACGAGACGCUUCAAUAGUUGCAGCUCCCACUGAUCGAAGUCGUGGAUUAUAUUAUGGUGAUGCUUAUAAACUCUGUGAAACAAUUUACGUUGAUCAAGAGACUUGUCGAUCUCGUGAGAGUCGUGAUUGUAAUUAUCACACCGCAACCUAUAAAAAUCAAUACAUUGGCUGUUUCUUUUGUCGAGCGAGAUGUGAAAAUGAUUAUCAAUGUGGUGACUUAGGUCGAGUCUGUUCAAUCUGUAGACCUGAACAACCAGCUACCGCUUGUACUGAGCCAGUUUUUGCCGAUAGUGGACCGUUAAAGUUAUAUAAUGGACAAUCAAGUCAAUCAGGAUAUCUUAAUAAUGAUAAGGAAUUAAUCAACAACAACAAUACCAAUGGUAAAGGUGAAAAGACUGGAAAUAAACAAUUUGAAAACCAGCAACAAUUGAUUACUAAUAUUACUUUUGGUACUGGUGAAAGUAGGAGUAAUAGUAAUGGAAACAAUAACAGUAAUCAAACAACAUCCGGUUGACCCUUGAAAAUUUGAUCAUUAAUUGUUACACACAAACAUAUUUAUAGUAUAUAACGUGUGCCACUUCAUAUUUUAUACUGACGAGUGGAUAAUACUGAUGACAAUUGAUGAUGAUAAUGGUGAUCAAGGUGAUGACAGUAGUGGUGAUUACGAGACACUCUUAAUAUAUAUAUGAUUCAAUUGACUGAUUCACAUAAUAAUUUCCCGUUUUCUUUUCGUAUCUCGUAUCCCGGUGUCCAUAUAUAAGUGUGUCUAUCUGUGUGUUUGUCUCUCCAUCUCCCGAAUUUACAAUUUAACCACCUUUCGUUUACUUCAUCUUCUUUUACCUUCUUCAAUUAUGUCACGCGUCUUCAACGUCCAUCAACUUUUCCUGUUACACUAAUUGACUCCUAACGGUUUUGUCUUCUUACUUAUUUUCCACCCUCCUCAUCAUCACCAUUAUCCGGCUGGUUUAUUUGGUCAUCUAAACAACAUCCAAAUAAUACAUGUCCAGAUAAUUAUGUAAUCAUCAUCAUGAAAAUAUCGAAACAGGUCCAUAUGGCUGUCGAUUAUCAUCUUUAUCUUCCACCCCCACCUCCACUUCCUAUUUCCACCUUCAGAGUCUCUUCCUCUCCUUCUUACCUUUUCUCUGUCCUUGUCCUCAUUAGUAUUAUUAUUAUUCAUAAUCUCUCUCUCUCUCUCUCUCUCUCUCUCUCUCUCUUCCUUCCGGGUUAUUGAUUUGACAAAAAAUCCAUUCCAUUUUCAUGUAACAUUCCCAUUACAUAUUAUAUAUUAUUCAUUCCAAGUCAUGGAUAUUAUUUAUUACCAAUCAUCAAGAAUCUAAUUAAUCUUGAUUCUCUGUGUCGUAUCACUUUUUUUUAGUCAAAUUGUUUAUUGUAAAAGAGUUUAAUUCUUGUUAAUUGUUUUCGAUUCCAUGUGAAUAAAAUUUUAAGUAUUACAAUUUAAGACAUAAA